CGCCAACGUUGCCACCGACAUUGGUCACAAAUUCCUGCUGCAGGCUAUUGAUGACCAAAUUCCUGCAGGCGACUGUGACCAAAUUUUCAUUGCUGUUUUUCCCAUGAUUGCAAAGAAUGCGUAUAAAGAAGCUGUCACGCAAAAUUGUAGCGUGAUAUCUCAUAUUUAG